CUUUUCUCUCGCUCUUUUCAUCUUCUCUGCUGAAACGUCCAUCUUUUUUUGCCCGUUUGGUUCGCGAGUUUCGAUGGUUCCCCUACCGGACAUUCGCAGCUGCAACCCAGAGUCGUGUCUCAUCCGUUGCUGUUCUCGCUCGCUGUAAUAUCUUUUCUUUAUAUUACACAUCGCUAAAUUUCUUUACCCUUAUUUUAUUUCUGAGCUGUACUGCUCUCUGUAUUCUAAUAGAGAUAAUAAAAUUUGUAAGCUCAAUUAUCACUCUAUCGCUUAUUUAUUUAUCACUUUGUAAUAAAACUUUUUCCCCUAAUACAUUGGAACACCUGUUUCAUGGUUCCAACCUUCAAAUUAUUUUUACCUGUCGUGCGAUUAUUCGAGCGUUGUGUUAGAUUCUUACGGCAUUAAUUGUGUCCAAUUAUCAAUGGCCGAACAAUGCGGAUCUCGCUUCAUGCGCAAGUUCUCAUCCGAGCAUGUCCAUGUUCGCUGGCCAUUGGAGAACGAAUAUCUGCGCGCGACGCGCGGCCAAUCACGACGCAUCACAGUCGAACUAUAGAUGUAAUUAUUUUGGAUAAUGUGAACAGUAAUAUGAUAAUGCUCACAAUAGAGUAAUUUUUUCCUUAUUAUAGAUGAAUCGUUGAAAAGUACAAAUUUCUAUUGCGUGAACGGCUGAUAAACAUAUAUUUCAAAAAUUUCUUGUUCGUUUUCUUAAUCGUUCUUCAAGAUUUCCAGGUUCCUCAAGAAAAGAAACGGCAUAAGAUUUCGCGCGGUGUUGAUUUCACCGCGUUUACCAAAUUCCGAUUCCAGCAUGGUCGAUAACGGCGCGGUGGAAACGCGAGGACGUGGCCGCGACCAUUCCCGCUGAGCACGGAGUUCACAACCACAUAGCAACGCGCCGCCACAUUUGACGUCGUCUACAUCACGAACAUCUGGCAACCUGAAGCUAUGUGGAAUCCGCAUCCACAGCUCAAGAACGUAACUUGAGCAUCGCAGAGGUGCAAAGUUUUAUGCAAACCGUCCGAUGUUGGAUUGAAAACUGUAUCGAGUUGAUAUUGAUUUAAAAUCGACAACAGGACAAUACCAUUGAAUUACCACGAUCGCGCUCACUCUCUGGCGCCAUCUUAAUUUUGGAUUUCCGUUCAAAAUUAGACGUGGCUCGAUCGAAAGCCGAACGGCUGGAAUAAAGUAGAAUCGUCGCGCGUUCAUUUUCGCACGAAAUAUCCGCGCACGCGAGAUCGCGUAAUCGCGUUCGAAUUUGCAUUAUUUGAACGGUCAAUCUAUUUAUAGAGGUAGCGAGGCGCUGUUCUUCGCGCGCAAAUUACCUCCUACAACCGGUUCCUGCGGAUCACUGGUUUCUUGCAAGCGUUAUUAUAAAUCCGGCGCGGUCGAUGCGCGUCGUUAUUACCGCAUUGGAAAUGUGUGUCGCAGCGACGCUUCUCGCGCACACCGACGCGACACAGGAAAGAAGGCAAUCGCGCGGGUUCCGUCGGCUUUCAGCUCUCGCUGGUAGAUUUGGCAACGCUGCGGCAUAGCGGCGGCAUAGAUUCCGCUCCGCAACCGCAACCGCACGCCAGCCUAGCGCCAUGAUGCCAAACCGAGUUGGCCGUCCAACGGUUUCUCCGCAGUGACGCGCAAGCUGUCGACGACGACGUAGCUAACAUACGCAACAGAAUCGCUUGCGGUAGACACGUUUCCGUCGAAAAAUUCGUUCGUUAUUCGUCUCGAUCGUUCUUGGUUCGCAAUUCUCGCCGCUGAUUUCGAUUAAUCGAAUUCGCAGCACAUCGACUGCGUAUAUCGGUCGACCAGUGGCGUCUACGCGCACGAAUUAAUCCGAAUUGAUAAUCCCGUAUCUCGUACGCGUCGCUGAAAAACAGACGGCGCUUCAACUCGAACCUCGCCAUCCCCCUUCUACGCGGCAUUGUUAACGGAAACCUCGAAUUCUUUCUCCUCCGACGUGUAAUUCACCGCCAAUAGCGCGUAGAAUUUGAAAAAAAAAAAAAAUAAGGGGGAAAGGAAAAACGUCGAGAAAAGACCGACGAGAAACCCUCGAGGGUAAUUGUGACGGUUCUCGUAACGUAACAAGUAUGUUUGAUACGGAGAAAUUUAUCGAGGAAAUCGAGAAACGACCGGCGAUUUACGACGUGAAUCGUAGCGAGUACAACGACCGUAACGCCAAGAUGACCGCGUGGGACGAGGUCUGCCAGGUGAUGGUACCGAAUUGGGCGCGCUUGACGGACGAGGAGAGAAACAUAGAAGAGAAAAACUUACGAGGGAAAUGGAGAAACAUUCGCGACUAUUUCAUGAAAGAACUGAAACUUCAGAAGUCGCAGAAAUUGGGACCAGCUGGUCGAAAGCGAAAGAAGUACAUGUAUUUCGAUCAGUUGUUGUUUCUCAUGCCAACAGUGGAGAACAAACGAAACGUCGGGGCGACGAUAAAUAAUUGCAAAUCCGAGGAAAGCGAGGGCGAGGUCGAUAAUCCGGUGAUCGAGGAAUACGACGUACCGUUGUCCCACGCCGCUCCAUCCAUAACGACGAGCAGGGAGUAUCUUCAACCGGGCGCAUCCUAUAAAGUGUGUCCCCGUUAUCCGAAGCAGCUUUGCGAAACACCUUUCGCUUCUUUCGAUAACGAAAUACACGACAUGCUGUCCUCGCACAGUAGCCAACGCGUUGCCUACGACGAGGACGAUUACGACAAGAUGUUCCUGCUGUCCUUGCUGCCGAUCAUUCGGCAAGUACCGGAAGAAAAGAAGCUAGACGUGAGGAUACAGAUGCAACAAGUUCUGGCCUUGGCGCUUCGUCCUCCGGACAAGCAAUGAUGAUUCCAUCGCGUCGAUGCGAGAUCGAUUCGUAAAGUUGAGCGCUAGAGAUCCGAAUACGUGAGUAUGCUUGGCCGCGGGACAUUUACGUUCUUAUCGCGAACGACGUUACAUGGCGUGAUAUUGUCAUCGAUUUGGUAUACCGAUUGACUCCGUGUCAAUUUUGACCUUAGAUUUUUACGUAAUAUAACGGAUGGACGCAUCGUCGACUCAAGGAUUUUGUAGCGCUCUAGGAGACACGAUUUCGCUUGCGUUCGUUUCAAUACGCGCCCGAUAAUCUCGUGGAUUACGAGUUACUCGUAUCAUCGACACGGUGCUACGACAAUGUUUAAGAAUGCUCGAUAUGUACUUUUCUGCGUAAGAGCACGAUUACAGAUAACACUUCGAGUACCUAUACCUGUGAUAUUAUGAGAGGGAUCUUCUUUCGACGAAUACAGAAAUAGAUUUAGGAUCUCUUUCGCGACUAUGUUACGAUACAGGUUUUCGCGUACACGGCGACAGUAUAUGUAUUUUCGUAAUAUGAAAUAAAUGUCGGUAAUAUUUUACGCGGCAAAAACGUGAAGCAAGAUCGCGAGAACUAAAUACGUAAAAAGUGACUUUACUUUCAGUCGAAACAGGGUUCGUUUGUGUUCAGACAUGCGCGAAUAGGUGGCAGCACUUGUAGCUCUGUUUUCCGCACGAAUUACGAAGUAUUUAAUUUAGGAGCCGGACAAACUUUAAUACUUAAUUGAAAUACGUGAACUCAUUUCGUUGUCUUUAAAAUGAAAUAUUGUACUGGUAGUAAUAUUUAUCAUCCAAUACUAUUAUUUACUCGGUUCUUACUAAUUGUUUAUGGUUUUUGAAUAAAACAA